AAUGAAAUUUUUGUUCAUUAAUUAAAUUACUAUAGGAAAAAUAUUGAAAAAAUUUAAUAUGAAUAAAGCUCAUAUCACCCUUUAAGCUAACCAAUGUUUGUUCGAUCUCUUGAUAUAAAAAAGGAUCCUUUUCAACCUCGUGAAGAUAAAGAAGAAAUUCUUGAUCCUAAAGUACCAUAUUUGAGUGCCAUAGUCCGUCACCACCAUCCUCCAUCCUUCACCAACUCUCAUCACCAAUCCUGCUCCUCUAAACCUUCUCACCCACAUCUCAUAAAUCCCUUAAGUAGCAGCUCAUUGUUCCCCACUCCACCACAGUCACGUGUCGCCUUCAGCAGCCCUGGGUUUCCCUUUUCGACAAGCAGAUGCUAGCCCCCCUCAAGUUCCUGUGUCUCUGCCUUUUGGGUUUCCAUUUUAGGAGGAACUCUCUCUCUCUCUCUCUCUCUCUCUCUCUCUCUCUCUCAAUUUUCUGGCAAGAUGUGAGCAUGAAACCAACCUCGUUCUUUCUCUAAUUUUGGUAGAUUUAGUUGAAUAUUAACCAUUUUAGAUUUGGGGAAAAUCCAUAGGAUUUAUGGGGUAUUCCACUCCUUAUCUUCUUGAAAGAUUGUGACAGUGUUUGUCUAGUGUUUUGCUGCUAUUUUACUGUUUGAAUCUUGGUUGCAUUGUGGUUGCAUUUUGCUUGAAUCUUGGCUGGUUGCUACUGCUUUUGCUAUUGCAUUUUCUGCAAUCUUGGUCGUUUUACUAUUGCAUUUUUCUGCAUUUUACUGCACUUUCUCUUGCUGUUUCUCUACAUUGUUUUAAACCAGAAAACUCUGCAUUUCCCUGCACUUUUCCUUGCUGUUUUUCUACACUGUUUUAGCUUUGAGAAUUCUGCAUUUUCCUGCACUUUUCCUUGUUGUUUCUGCACUGUUUAAACCAGAAAAUUCUGCAUUUUCUUGCACUUUUCCUUCCUAUUUUCUGCACUGUUUAACCAGAAAAAUCUUGCAUUUUUCUGCAUUUUCCUUCUUGUUUUCUACACUGCUUAACCCAGAAAAAUCUUGUUGUUUUUGCCAUAAAAUUCUGCUGUUCACCCAAAAAUUCAACUAUUUUGCUUCUGUUUUUGCUACUGUUUUGCCUAGAAGAAUUGUGUUGUUCUUGUCGAAAAUUUCUCCUGUUUUAAAACCAUAAAUCGCUUCUGUUUUGUCUAGAAAAAUUUUGCUGUUCUUGCUAGAAAUUUCUACUGUUUUUGCCAAUAAAUAACUACUGUUUUG